GAUUUACAUCCUUCAAGGAGAUAAUGAGAUACAAUUUUUCAUUUGGUCUUUCGAUAUCAUUUUAUUUGUUCAUCGUUUUGCUUCACAACUUCCUCGACUGUCAAGAUCACUGUGAACAAUUGCUUGAUGAUAAAGUAGUUCAUGAAAACGGUUCAUAUAAAUAUUCUUAUAAUAAUUAUUAUGCACAGAGGAUUCGCCUUAAUCAAUCUCAUCCAGUUGUAAAUGGCAGUUUUACAAAUCUGUUUGAAUUUGAAACGGUUUUCUCAUUAUUCAAAUUUAAAUAUUACGGUAUUGAUCCCGAUCAUUUUAUUGCCUAUUCUAAAGGUGAAAUAGUAAUACGCAAAAACGGGGACUUCGGAACAAUUUCGAAUCGUAUAGCAAACAUUGUAUAUACCGAAUUACAGCUUUUGCAAGAGUAUCAAUACAUCGCAGUCAGAAUGCUUUAUCGAGAAAGAAACAAAAGCGCACGUGAGUAGAAGAUGAGUGAUCGUCGAAUCACAUGUAAAAUCUUGACAGUCACACCUUCACUCAUCGUGACUACUCACAGUUUGACUCAACUUCAUUAAGAUAUGGAAAUAGUAUUAAUUUGUUACUUUUGAAGAAAAUUAGAGUAGAAUUAUAUGCCGAAUCGACUCACCAUUUGAUUAUGUUGAUUAAGACUUGAAGAACAGAUGGCAUGAACUUGAUAAUAGUAGAUUUGAAGAGUAAUAAGUAGAUCACCAUGGAUAAUAUGUUAACGUUUUUAUUUUUUCUUGUCGAAAAAUGAAUACAGUGAUUUAUUUUCAUUUACAAGCUACAGUGUAACCUGACGAGGUGUAUGAUUUUCAAAAUAAAUGAACUGUGUUCGUCACGAAGCCACUUUGUUACACAACACAUUCAUCUACACAUCCAUCCAUUGUAUAGCUAUCUACAAAUAUUAUUUGUUCAGAUUAAGAAGUUGUUAACACGCUAUAUAUGAAGCCACUAGUUUCUUAUAAACAACAAACAAACUUUAUGGUUGGUGUCAGUUGAUCGAUUGAAGCUUCCUUAAUCUAAGGAACCAAAUAAAUUCUUGAGUUCCAUUUAAAACUAACACUUCAUACCACAGGUCAUGUUUUCUAAGAGUUGACUGUUACAAGAGGCAUUAAAGAAAAUAUUAAUAUAAUGUGACUACCUCUCCGACUAUCAGAUCCUAUUGGAAAACCUAAUGGUUUGUUGUUUCAAUGACAAUACGACAGUAAUACAGCUUAAGUAACCAGGCGUUAUACAUUAGUUUCCAAGGUUGCAUGCUCAUUUCAUUCACAUGUCACUCACUUCACUGUAUUUAUUACAAAUUCAACUGAAGGAAGCAUUUGAAAUAACAUGGCAAAUAUCCAAUGAAAUCUGAUUAUUAUGUGAGCUGUCAUAUACAGUGUUACAUCUAACAAUUAAUUGCUUAUUAUUUUCCACUUGUAUUCUAAUAUCGAUAGUCUUUUAAUUAAAGGGAUUGUAGCCAACAUAACCAGUUUGAUAUAUCCGAGUGGGAAAAUAUCUAUCUAUUAUGAAAAAAUUCCUGUGGAAAUUGAGGAAAGCAAACGACAAUCGAAAAUCAGCUGUAAAUUUGCGUGUGUAUCAAGUAAGAAACAUUUCAACAAAUGUUGUUAACAUUUUGAUGUACGGUGACUUGCUUCAUCGUUUAUCUGUGCAUGAUAUGUUCCUUUUUUUUGUACCCGGAGAAAACCAUGACAACACGGAUUAAGCCAUUAUUCUCUCAGAGCGAUCUUAUGUAAUUUACUUACAGUUUAAAUUAUUCAGGUCACAAAAAUGACUUGUCUUUUUAAAGUAAUUUGGUCAUUGUGUUAUCUCAGCUUUCUGUGCUAAAUUCCAUGGAUAAUGGUUUUCACGAUAUACACAUUCUGACGCUCACUUGACUACAUGUCUCGAACAAAACAAGUAAGUUGUUCGAAUGAUUUUAUCGUAAAUGUUUCGGUGGCUAUUUGGAGACGUCUCACACUUAUGGUAGGGACGUACAGAACACGAGAGUGACGAUAUGAAGCUGACUAUAUUUUCAUUCAUUUUUUUCAAAAAUAUAAAACUACGAUGUUACCUAAACUCACAAGCAUUGUGCGCACAAAUAGACGUGACUAUCAGUAGAAUCAAUUAAAGUCCGAAAUAUCAAUUCAAGGACUAAAUCAACAAACUACAAAAGUGAAUCAAAACUUUCCUCGACUGCACAAAUCAUUGUAUAUCUGUACUGAGUAGCUAAGUGUUUGACGGAACGGCGUUUGGAGCAAAAUUUGCCGGGUACAAAUACCAGAGUGUACAUCUACUCUGAAGUGCAAGUUUAUCCAGCUGAUGAAAUGCGAGUCUGCAUCUGCAAUGCGAGCCACCUAUCUUUUCUGGUUUGUGAAUUUCUAUGUUGCCUCUUUCGUAUUAGAAGUGUGAAGUAAUAUGUAACAAGUGAAACACACAUUUGCAGAUGUUGCACUAGUUUCCUCGUAAAAUUAUUCAAAAAUUUGUCGAUUUCAUUUUUCACUAACUGGUUGAAUAUUAUUGAUUUUCGAAACUCAGAUCGAUGUUACCCAUAAUAUUUGGGGAUAUCGGUUGAUAAGCGUUAUUGUUUUCAGUUUCUUAUUUUGACUGCUCCUUAAAUGAUUUAUCACACAAGAUAAAAAAGAACAUGAAAUAGUUGUUCCUGGAAAGUGGAUCAAAUCUGGCACGUUGGUGGAGUAUGAAGUCGUUGGAAGUAUGUUAAACAUUAUUUGGCCAGUCUAAACUAUUUUCACGCUUGAAUGAAUCACUUUUGUCUCGUGAAAUUAAAAAUUCCAGGUGCAAAUGUAGUAAGCUAAUAAAUGAUAUCCAGGCCUUUGAUUCAAUCGACGUCUCACUUACCAUCAACCACUACAUGUCCAUUCACUGUUGAAUAGUAAAAUUGAUUAGAGGUCCUUUUUAAAUAAAUAAUGAAGUCUUCAUUUUGAUGAAAAACUUAAAUAAAUAGUCAAGAAACGAUGGGUGAUAUGAUAAUUGUCUCCAUAAAGAUUGUGUCAGUUAGUUGACUGUGCAUUGACGAGCAAGCGUACUAUUUUUCCAAUACAUGAGAAAUCGAAUUAUUUUGAGACUUAUGAAUUGCGAUCAAACUACAUGUAUUUGAGAUUACUUCCAAAAUGAUUGCCUUAUUUCGGAAAUAAUCACUUGACCAUACAUAUUCGAUAAAAUACAUGUAUAGACGAGUCACUUUUCCAGGUUACAAAUUUUCAUAGGCAGUUUCAGAAUUAAUGACAAAAUUCACGGUAUAGAAAUGCGUCCUUUCUCAUGAAUGUGAACACUAAGUAACUAAAACAGAUUUAAUUUCAUCAUGUGUGAGACUAUUAAAAUAUCAUUUUGACAAUCAAAUGACUUAUUCUAUAAUCUAAUGAAAAGAUCACUUUAUAAUUCGUCAAACACAAUGAUAAUUUUAUCAUCGAUGAAAUUCCACUGAUCCAACUGGCCUGCUGCGUUAACUGACAGUCCAGAAAAAACAGCCAUGCACUCCCAUAUCUUCUAACAAAGUAGGUCAACUAGAACCUGUUCAAGAAAGACAUCACUGAUGUCGCUUAACUCAGAAAUCCACAAAUAUCAUUGAGUUAUCGUUACAUGUUUUGUAAUUCACUUACCUUUUGUUUGGUAAUUUAAAUAAAAAACACCUUAUUCUUCCCAUAGAAAUUUGUUCAACGUACAAUUCGCAGAAAGCAUGCGAAAACUCAACAAGGUCGAAUGUAGCUUGUAUUUGGUGUGAAAGAAUCAACGUAUGCAUAGAUAGUAAUGAUCAAGAUACUCAUGACUUGAAAAUAAAUGAUUGCCGUAUCGAGAAUAUAAACACCGAUGUUCACGAAGAAACUAAACAGAACAAAUCAUCUCGGUGCCUAUAUGUCGCCAUAACUCUGGUCAUCUCUUUCUUCGUUCUAUUUUAUGGUUGUCUUAUUUGGAUAUGGUUUCGUAGAAGACAAAGAUAUAGUGAAUGAUUCCAAGUAGCGUCUAAUAAUUUAUUCUCAUUAUUCUGACUAAGAUUUUCUUCUACUUCGUAUCUCACUAGAAGACUUUAGAUUUAAUUCUUUAUUCCAAUAACGAGGAGAAUUUCUUUAUGAAACUGUUUACUUUCUAAUGCUUAUUUACGUAAUCACUGAUGUAAUCUCGUUCAUAAGGUAACAAAUGAAAGUUACAAUUUUAGCUUUAUUGUGUGUUCAUUAAAUAGAAACUGCAAUUUUUUGUGAGUGGUCGACGACGUUUUCUUUGUAAAUUAGUAUUUUCGUGUAUACGUGAUUUUGCAAUAACUGUAAUCAAUCAUAAUUCCGUUGUGUAUGUCUAUUCUGAUGAAGUCUCAGUAAUGGAAAAUGUCAUUUGGGAUCAAACGUGAUCAUUGUUUUAAAAUAAACUGUCGGAAAUAUUAUCAAAACAUAAUCAGGGCACUUUCACCCUUGUUUACAUAAUUGAUCACUGGUAUGUAACUGCUGAGUGGAAAACUGUUAUAAACCUGAUGAAAUCCAGACUAAUGGUGAAUCUUUUCAUGAUUUCGUGUUGAUUUGAGCAAAACAUUUUCAAAGUUGACAAAGUGUUUCACAUAAUUCAUCAUUUCUUUUGAACAUAAUCGGUUGUUGCCUUAUUUCCAUUCUCAGUACAAAUAAACCAGAUAUGCUCAUCAUUUUUUCCUUGAUUUUCUACUCAAACAUGCCGAAAACGAGACUGAUCGUUAGUCCUUUGAUAUUUAAAUAGUGAGAAUUUCAAAUUUCCAUGAGACGUCGUUAGCAGUGGAGUUCAACCAGAUCUGUUGUGAGAUAGGUUCUCACUGAAGACAAUGGUGUACGGUGGCACAACUUCGUGGAUUGGUUCAAGUCAGACAUAUGUGUCAUAUGUGGCAGAUAUCUCAGUAUACGGAAUAAUGCAAAUUUCUUUGUCAUCACUCAUGUUCUCGAACUGUC